AUGCUUAUAUUACAAAUACUAUUUCUUUUAUCAAUUGGGGCACUUGGGUCACCAAGCUUCUAUACUAUAAACUCACAGGCAGCAGAUAAGUAUCGGGUGGAUACUUUACCUGGGAUCGAUGGCAUAUCAAACGAGAACCAACCAACCAUGUAUGCAGGUCAAUUAGAUAUUAGUACUGAAGACUCUUCGAAGAUUUUCUUUUGGUUAUUCCAGCUGAGAGCUGUAAAGCAUGACAAGCUUGUUAUUUGGCUUAAUGGUGGUCCUGGUUGCUCAUCAAUGGAUGGUGCACUUAUGGAAGUAGGGCCAUUCAGGGUUCUUCCAGAUGGCCAAUUGGAGUACAAUGAAGGAACAUGGCUUCAUGAUGCAGACUUACUAUUUAUUGAUCAGCCAAAGGGCACAGGCUUGUCAACCACUAACGGGACCUAUGCAGCUGAUUUGAAUCAGGCUACUUCCGAUUUCUGGAAUUUCUACAGUAAUUUUGUGGAAAUAUUUGAUUACUAUUCAGAUAAGGAAAUUUACUUAGCUGGCGAAAGUUAUGCUGGCCAAUAUAUUCCUUAUUUUGCCCACGGAAUUCUUGAAAAUAAUGCACAUUUGGCCAAAGUUAUGGAAAUGAACUAUAUGGUCAAUGAUUUAAAGAUACAGCCACUGACAAACGAAGAUAUUGAUCUCAAAAUCCCAGAAAUACUUAUAUCAAAUAAGUCUGUCAACUUGCAAGGUUUACUCAUAGGGAAUGGUUACAUUUAUCCAGAUGUGCAGGCAUUGUCCUAUAUUCCGUUUGCUUUAAGUAAGGGUCUCCUUAAUUCUUCAGAUAGUACUCAAUUGAAUACAGUCUAUAAGCCACAUUUGGCUUGUGAAUCAGUUCUUCGGAAACCAUCCAAUGAAACUGUUUUCACGUUUUCGCAUCCGAUUUGUACAGAUGAAAUUCUUGAUCAACUUUUAAAUGUCACCAGACAAUCAUCAAAUGAUUCAUACACAUGUCACAACAUGUACGAUUAUACUCUACAAUCUCCUUAUCCUUCAUGUGGAAUGGAGUGGCCAUUCGAUUUGCCACAGGUGACCCUGUGGCUUCAAAACGAUACGGUGCUUCAGCACUUGAAUAUUGAAUCAGAGACUUCUUGGAGUGAAUGUGAUGGCAAUGUCUCUAGUUCUCUUGUCAACUUUAAUACUACACCAUCUUAUUUCUUCUUAGAAAGCUUGCUUGAUAAAAUCCCUAUUGUUUUGUUUAACGGUGGUAACGACAUUAUUUGUAAUCAUCUUGGGGUUGAAAAUAUCACUGAUUCCUUAAAAUGGGGUAACCAAACUGGCUGGUCCUCUUCAACUAAAUAUUUCAGUAUGAUGCUCAAUGGCGAGAACUUUGGGCAAGUAAAAUCUGAAAGAAACUUGACCCUCAUGGAGAUUUACAAUUCAUCCCACAUGGUUCCUUACGAUCAUUCAUACAGUUCAAGAUCUGUGCUUAAUUAUUUGUUUGGAAACUAUAAAAAUGCUACCACUGGAGAAGGAAAUGUUAUUCAGUUCCCAAAUUUGAACUCAGAGUACAGUUUAGGUAAAUUUAGUACCGGGUUCCUAGUGGUAAUUUGUGUCUGUUUGGUGGUGUCCUGGGCAGUUAUUUUGUUCUCAAAAUUCACUAACAAAUCUGAUUAUUUGAGAAUAGAUGACGAAUAA